CUCUGCCCUCCCCAGGGCCCCCCAGGGGGCUGCACCCCUGACACCCGUCGGGGCUUCCCGGAGACCCUCCUCGGCUCUGUGCCUGAGGAGAUGCUGCCGCAGACCAACACCAGGAGGUUUUGGGGAGCACCCAUGACCAAGAGUGUUCCUCAUCCCAUCUGGACCUCCAUAAUCCCGUUUCCACAACACCGGGGGGAUAACGUGGCUCCAUCCCUGUCCUCAAACCCACAGCUAUCCCCGAUCUGCUGCGGCGCCGGGUGUCAGUGCCAGCACCACUGGAUCCUUUCCCAUCCCGGGGCUCGGAGGCUUCCCCGCCGCCCUCGCCCCUCCGCGGGUGUCUGUAGGCCGCGCUGUGUCCGCGGUCUCCAUGGGAGCAUGCCGGUUGCCAAGCCGGCCGGUGGAGUGCUUGCCACCACCAUCGAGCCGUUGGUAUGACAACGGGGACACGGGUGACCCGGGGCGUGGUGCUUCGCGUGACGGGGCCAGCGGCCCCUGCGGGGAGGGUCCUGGCCAAGCCUCGCCAACGCACCCGGGGGUCGCGGCGGGGUGCCGGAGCCCGCUGCGCUGCGCUGGGACCCCCGCGCCAGCACCACCCGGGGAUUUACUGACGCGUUGAGGAAGCGAGCAGGAGAGCGUGAGCGGAGCCCCUCCGGAGCGAAGGAUGUGGGGCGACAGGGCUGAUCCCACCAGGGCCCCGGGCCCCGCUUCCUGCCCCUCUGCUUGAGGCCUGGGGGCAUCGGGACUCCCUCAGUGGGUGCUGGACUGGAGCAUCGGAUGAGAUAACAGCGAAAGUGGAGCAUCCGCGUGUGCAGCGAGGGACGGAGCGAGGGACGGAGCAGCCCGGAGCCUGCCGGACAACCUCCAGGACAGGGCAGGGGGCUCCCCCGGGCCAGGCACCACGGUGGGGACACAGGGGCUGAGGGGGGCACGGCUUGGCCCGUAGCCCACCCCACCCCACCACCUGCCCCCAUGCUGGAUCACCGAGCCAGGAUGGAGAGCAGCAGGAAGGAGAAGGUGGAGCAGAUCCUGUCAGAGUUCCGUCUGAAGGAGGAGGACCUGAAGAAGGUGAUGUACCGCAUGCAGAAGGAGAUGGACCGAGGGCUCAAGCUGGAGACACAUGAGGAAGCCUCUGUCAAAAUGCUGCCCACCUAUGUCCGCUCCACUCCCGAGGGCUCUGAGGUGGGAGACUUCCUGUCACUGGACCUGGGUGGCACCAAUUUCCGUGUCAUGCUGGUGAAAGUGGGCGAGGGAGAGGAGGGGCAGUGGAAGGUGAAGACGAAGCACCAGAUGUAUUCCAUCCCGGAGGAUGCCAUGACUGGGACAGCUGAGAUGCUUUUUGACUACAUCUCCGAGUGCAUCUCUGAUUUCCUGGACAAGCACCAGAUGAAGCACAAAAAGCUGCCCCUGGGCUUCACCUUCUCCUUCCCUGUGCGGCACGAGGACAUCGACAAGGGCAUCCUCCUGAACUGGACCAAGGGCUUCAAAGCCUCCGGCGCGGAAGGGAACAACGUGGUGGGGCUGCUGAGGGACGCCAUCAAACGGCGAGGGGACUUUGAGAUGGACGUGGUGGCGAUGGUGAAUGACACAGUGGCCACGAUGAUCUCCUGCUACUACGAAGAUCACCGGUGCGAGGUUGGGAUGAUUGUGGGGACGGGCUGCAACGCCUGCUACAUGGAGGAGAUGCACAACGUGGAGCUGGUGGAGGGCGACGAGGGGCGGAUGUGCGUCAACACGGAGUGGGGGGCCUUUGGUGCCUCCGGGGAGCUGGACGAGUUCCUGCUGGAGUACGACCGCGUGGUGGACGAGACCUCACUUAACCCCGGUCAGCAACUGUACGAGAAGAUCAUUGGGGGGAAGUACAUGGGAGAGAUUGUGCGGCUGGUGCUGCUGAAGCUGGUGGAUGAGAACCUGCUCUUCAACGGGGAGGCCUCUGAGAAGCUCAAGACUCGCGGGACCUUUGAGACCCGCUUCAUGUCCCAGAUUGAGAGCGAUUCUGAUGACCGCAAGCAGAUCUACAACAUCCUGUCAGCCUUUGAGCUGCUGCCUUCUCGGACGGACUGUGAGAUUGUGCGCCGGGUGUGUGAGAGCGUGUCCACACGGGCUGCCCAGAUGUGCUCGGCCGGGCUGGCGGGCGUCAUCAACCGCAUGCGGGAGAGCCGCAGCCAGGACACCCUCAAGAUCACUGUUGGUGUUGACGGCUCUGUCUACAAGCUCCAUCCCAGCUUCAAGGACCAUUUCCACGCCACAGUGCGGCAGCUGACGCCUGGCUGUGACAUCACCUUCAUCCAGUCAGAGGAAGGCAGCGGGCGCGGGGCCGCCCUCAUCUCAGCCGUGGCCUGCAAGAUGGCCUGCAUGAUGGGGCAGUGAGCUGGACUCAGAGGGGUGGCAGGGGCCGGUGGUCCUGCUCGGAGUGCUGUGGGAGCAGACGCUGACGCGGGAAGGAGGCGGCUCCGGCCCCCAAUAAACGGGGUGUGUGUGGACUUCUCUGGGGCCGUUUGGGCCAGUGCUCUUCGUGCCUCUCUCCCCGUGCUGGUAAGAGAGACCCCCAUGGGGAUGCCCCACACAUAUGGGGCAGCCAAGGAGCUUCCCGUGCCCUCACCCCCUCCCCCAUCCUCACACAGCUGCAGCAAGGGGGGCUCUGGUGCACCCCAGCCCCUUUGCAUGGGGACAGCCCCCCCAAGGGGGUUGGCCUAGAGAUAAGGGGCUCUUUGAGGGUAUUUUGGGGGGAUGUCAGGGUAGAGGAGCUCCUGACCAGUGAUCCCUGGGGUGCAGAGGCUGUCCAGAGUGCACCAGAAAUGGGCCAGAUGGAGGGGGGCAUACUGGGGGGAUCCCCUCCAGCCAUGUCCCCACCCAUGUUCCCUGAAAUGUCUGGGGCACCCCAGAGAUUUGAGUUCACCAGAGGGUCUGGAGCAGAGUAAUGGGGUCCCUCUGGGGGUCAUGGGCACCCCAGGGUGUUCGGGUUCCUCUAAGGAUCUGGCAGUACUGGAGCAUAUUGUGGUUCCCUGAAGGCCCUGGAAGCAACCCAGGGUUUUGGACCACUCUGAGGGUCUGGAGCACCCCAGGUGUGGAGUGGUCCUUGUGAGACACCACAGGAUGUUGGGAUCCCUUUGAGAGUUUGGGGCACUCCAGGGUCAGGGCGCAUUGGGGUCAGCCCUGGGGGUGUGGAGUUACCCCAUGGCAUGGGCUGCCUUGGUUGUCCAGGGUUGUAUCUGUGAUAUAUGGGCCACUCCAUGGGUCUGGAGUCACCCCGGGACAUGGAGGCACCCGGGACCUAGGGACAUCUCAGGGUGCUGGAGUAACUCUUGGGCAUCCAGGACUACCUGGAGGGACUGGAUCACCACAGGGUGUGGGGCCAACCUGGGGGGCUGGGACUACCAAGGGGUCUUGGUGUCCUCACAAAGUGCAGGGUCACCCCAUGGCUGGGGGGUGCACGUUGAGGGGCUGGGGACACAGGGGGUGUCUGUGUCACCCCAAGAGACAAAGCACCCAGCAGUGCUGCUCCUGAAGCCCCUGGAUCCAUGGGUAGCACUGGGAUCCCACAGCUCAUUGCAGGAGGGGACAGGGAUGCCUCUGCUCUGCCUGGCUGCAGCCCUCAGCCAGCAGGAUCCCCUUUGCUUUGAGUGGCUGCAGCCGGCAGCACCAGACCUGCUUGUGCACGCUGGCCAGGGCCAAAAGUGGAUUUCGCUGUGCUCUGAUUGGCCACGGCCCUCAGCCAGCAGGACCCUGUGUUCUGACUGGUUUGCACCAGAAAGGCAUCCUUGAGCUCUGGUUGAUGGCAGCCCUCAGAGACCUGCAGUCUCUCUGUUCCAGUAAAGCGGGGGCAAACAGAAGAGGUUCCCUGCACUCCAAUUGGCUGGAAUU